AUAAAGGCAGCUUAAACAUGUGUAAGUUUUGGUUUACGCCCACUCCUAUGGGCGUAAACGUUUCGGUAAUGUUUUAGUUCAUGUUUUAUUUGUCCCGCAGAGUUGGUUUAGGUUCAGUUCUGCCCCCCUGUGGGUAAAGUAACCACCGCAUGGGAGUUUGUAUCCUGCCAGCAAGGUUAGUCAUUAACCUUCUUCUCAGUCACUCAGGGCACCAAAGAAAGGCGGACAGCACUCCAGUCCGAGGCAUGCUGUCUCUCAGCCGUCACAUCUUACCAUGGGCGACUGUAACCACCACUGUAACCACGAGUCCGAGGACGACGUUACCGUAGUGUUUCACAAAGUUGACAGAGGCGGCGACGACAACGACGACGACGACGACAGCGGCGAUAACGAGCGACAGGCGACAGAGUGGAUUCACUUGCAAAGCAACUGUCGUGUGUCGUGUGAUGACGAUGAGGAGGAUGCUCGGGAGGAAACGAGAGGAAGCGAACAUUCACCGGAGGGGAAAGCUUCGCUAUGUCCGCCGGCGUUUUGCGUCAGACCCGCAUCCAGGGAAGAAAAUGCACGUGAAGGCCAAGAAAAACCAAAGAGAUGUCCGGGUCUUGGUUUGUUCUAUGCUUUUCUGUCCACAGUUUUCUUCUCCAUCAUCACCCUCUUGGUGAAAACCAUCGAGGGAGUCCACGCCAUAGAGAUCAGCGCCAUACGCUGCUUCUUCCAGAUGCUCUUCACCAUGCCGUUACUCAUCUACCACAAGACAGGUUUCCUUGGUCCCAGAGAUAAACGUAUAUACCUGGUGCUUCGCGGUUUCAUCGGUUCCAAUGCCAUGAUCCUGCUCUUCUAUGCUGUUCAGCAGAUGCCGCUGGCAGAUGCCACCGUCAUCAUGUUCAGCAAUCCGGUCUUUACCUCCCUCCUGGCCUGGAUCUUCCUGAAGGAGAGGUGUACGAUCUGGGACUGUGUUUUCACCGUUUUCACCAUCACCGGAGUCAUCCUCAUCGCCCGACCACCGUUCAUCUUCGGGCAGCAUCUCCGUGGCAUCGAGGGAGACUACACUAACCACAUCAAGGGAUCAAUCGCUGCCUUUGCCGGAGCUAUCGGAGCUGCUUUUACAUUCGUUGUCCUUCGCAAGAUCGGGAAAAGCGUCCACUACUACCUCUCUGUCUGGUACUAUGCUGUCAUCGGUUUCAUCGAGUGCAUCAUCACCGUGUCCAUCCUCGGGGAAUGGAAAAUCCCAUUCUGCGGCCGUGAUCGCUGGAUGCUGAUGUUGAUUGCAGUCCUGGGUAUCGCCGGCCAGACCUUCCUCACAAAGGCCCUGCAGAUUGAAAAGGCCGGCCCUGUGGCCCUGAUGAGAACUAUCGACGUGGUGCUGGCAUUCACCUUCCAAUUCAUCUUCUUUAACCGCGCGCCGACCUUGUGGAGCCUCGGCGGGGCGCUGUGCGUGGUGGCCAGCACUAGCGGAGUAGCACUUAGAAAGUGGUGCAGCUCCUCUCGCAAGAGCUGAAAAGGAGAGGCGACAUAGUAUACUUUAGCAUUACUAUUUAUUCUUUUUUCACUACCAUAUGUUCUUGAUUCAUUCUGUAUUUUACUUGUUAUUUACAUGCAAACCUGCUGAAGAGGUUUGAGCACAGUGCAGAUUUAAAAGCAGAAAGAUAUGACAAUCUAGUAAGGGUCAGUUAUAAGCUUAUGAUAGUUUUAAAAUCCUGUACAAUCUAUACACGUUGAUUCCCGAGAGUCAACCUCUGUAAUUUAUUGUUAUGCAUUUAUUUAUGUGUAAAUGAACACAUAAAUAAGAGGAGAGAAGAACUGUCGCCGCCCUCCGAACCGUAUUCUUCUCCCCCUGGAGCCUGUGUGGCUAACUAGCUGCCUAAUUAACAGAGAUUUCCUAUUUUCUCCUUAAUGAAAAAGUGUAAAUGAGGCCGAAAGUUGAAUUUCACCAUAACGAAGCAGUUUGAUGAAGGAUGUGCUCGGUCCCAUUUUCACUUUUUCUUUAACCUGAAUAAAAUAGUAAGGUUUAAGGACCAACUAAAAGAAAAGGCACACUACAUAUUUCAUUUUAAUGUGGUAUGUAGGUGCUGAGUAUCUGCACAGAAUAUAUAUAUAUAUAUAUCUUUGUGGUGGUUAAGAUGCAACUAUAACUGUUUUUUUUAGCAAACACUGCAAAAAAGAAAUAUAAAAGCUCCCAUAACUGGUUACAAGUUUUUUUUACUUGAAAACAGAGUCAUGCUGUCGGAUUCUCUCAGGGAACUCUUGCCUAACUUCUUAUAACGUCCCCAAAUUUGAAUUUCGCCUGAAUCUAAAUCGACAUUCUUAUUUCUUUUGUGAUAUUUUACAUUUUGGAUUUUUCUUCCGUCACUUCUAUCUUUUCUAAUAUUUUAAAAAGAUAACGGAUAAUCAUUUCUUAACAAUAGAUUUCAAGUGCCUUACGUGGAGAACUUUAUCCUCCUGUUUCCCUUAGUGGAGCUGCUCAAGUAACCAGCAUCUUGUACUGGGCAAUGUAAUGUAAUUGCGCAUACUAAAAUAUGAAGUAGGGUGCUUCCUGCAAAAAAA